AUGGCGACCACGUCGACCACCCCGUUCCACCGUCUCCUCGCCCCGGCCCGGUCGAAUCCCGCCGCGCGCCUCUCCCUCUACACCCGCGGCCCUCCCAUGCUCUCUUUCUCCCGCUCCAUCUCCGUCCGCCGAAGUCUCGCUGCCGCAUCCAAGGACACCGCCAGCGACAAGGGGCAAGAACAAGAAUCGUCCACGGCAGCGGGCGGAGCCGCGGAGCCCGCAGAGGAGGAAACACCUCCGGGUGAAAAGACCUCAGAUGAAGUGGCGACGGAGCUUAAGGAGGUGAUGCGUGCGCGUAAGGAGGCGGAGGUCGCCAGGGGCGGCGGUGGGUGGUGGGCCGGGGUGGCGCAGGAGAUGACGGAGAUCGAGUGGCCGGCGCCGGGGAAGGUUCUGGGCACCACGGGGGUCGUCCUCGGGAUCAUCGCGGGAUCCACGGUCGCGCUGCUCUCCGUGAACGCGAUCCUCGCCGAGCUCUCCGACCGUGUCUUCGCUGGCCGGGGCCUUCAGGAUUUCUUCUAA